AUGCUUCAGCCUUCCUGCCCCCCCAUCGACCCAUUUUCUCCUCCCUUCCCCCCAUCCGUUCCCGCCGAGAACUUCUCCGCUGACCAGCCCGUCCAGUCCGUCGGUCCCUCCACGCAGAAGUGUCUCGUUCUCGUUCUCCCUCCGUCCGCGCCUCACUUUAGCAGCGUUUCGCAAGCGCCCAACUCGUCAAGCUCUCUUCUACCUGCAGAGAACUACCAAAAGGGCCGGAAACCAGCAAAAUAG